AUGUCGCAGUUUCCGGAUGAAGCCAUUGGAGAGCAUGGCGGGGAGGAAGAAUGUCCAUCACCUCCUGUGAACAGCGCCUGUACCAAGAUAUGUGGUGAAGGUUCACCAGCCAAAUCUUGUUCUAAGAUAUGCCUAGUUAGAGUGUAUCCCAAGGGCAGUCCAGAAGCCGCUGUUAAGAUGUAUGCAAUGCUCGAUGACCAGAGUAACAGGUCUCUAGUGAGGGCAUUAAACAGUCAGGCCCCACAAUACAUCAAGGACCUUUUGACCCCGUACUCCUCAAGCCGCACUCUUCGGUCCUCUGGCCAGAACCUGCUUAUGGUCCCAAAAACUCGCUAUAAGACCCGAGGGGACCUGUCUUUUCAGUCUGUUGCCCCCAGACUGUGGAAUGCCCUGCCUCUGUCUCUGCGUCUGGCAGACUCUUACAUGUUGCCCCUUGGUAAUAUUAUUAGAAAAUACGGAAUUAGCUUACACUGUUAUGCUGAUGAUACUCAGCUCUAUAUCUCAACGAGACCGGAUGAAACUUACCAAUUAUCUAAGCUAACAGAGUGUGUUAAAAAUGUAAAAGAUUGGAGGACAAAUAAUUUUCUCCAAUUAAAUUCGGAUAAGACAGAGAUAUUAAUUAUUAUACCAAAAAACACCACACAGAAUCUUGUAGAUUACAAUCUGCAACUAGACGGAUGUACUGUUACUUCCUCUACAGUCAGAAAUCUGGGUGUUAUAUUGGACAGCAAUUUGUCUUUUGAAAAUCAUAUUUCCAAUGUUACAAAAACCGCAUUCUUCCAUCUUAGAAACAUUGCCAAGCUACGAAACAUGUUAUCUGUGUCUGAUGCAGAAAAGCUAGUUCAUGCAUUCAUGACCUCUAGACUGGACUAUUGUAAUGCACUUCUAGGUGGUUGUCCUGCUUCGUCAAUAAACAAGCUACAGGUCGUCCAAAAUGCAGCAGCUAGAGUCCUUACCAGGUCAAGAAAAUAUGAUCAUAUUACCCCAAUUUUACAGUCUCUGCACUGGCUACCUAUUAAGUUCCGUAUCAGUUACAAAUUAUCAUUACUUACCUAUAAGGCCCUAAAUGGUUUAGCUCCUGCGUACCUAACUAGCCUUCUACCACGCUACAACCCAUCACGCACCCUAAGGUCACAAAACGCUGGACUUUUGGUAGUUCCUAGGAUAGCAAAGUCCACUAAAGGAGGUAGAGCUUUUUCACAUUUGGCUCCCAAACUCUGGAAUAGCCUUCCUGAUAAUGUUCGGGGUUCAGACACACUCUCUCUGUUUAAAUCUAGAUUAAAAACACGUCUCUUUCACCAAGGAACGUCUCCGGUUACUAUCGGAACAUCGAGAGGCGGGAACGAGACAUUACGUUAG